AUGGCAGGCCAACCGAUGAACAUCGACCUCAGCAACGCGCAAAUCACACAGGACGAGUCCGGCCGCCCAUUCAUCAUCGUACGCGAUCAAGGCCGCAAGAAGCGCAGUCAUGGCACCGAGGCCGUCAAAUYCCACAUCCAGGCCGCCCGCGCCGUCUCUUCCAUCGUCAAGACUUCGCUGGGUCCUCGCGGUCUCGACAAGAUCCUCAUUUCGCCCGACGGAGACAUUACCGUGACAAACGAUGGCGCUACCAUUCUCGGACAAAUGGAGAUUAGCAACCACAUCGCUAAGCUGCUCGUCUCCCUCUCGCAGUCACAGGAUGCUGAGAUUGGUGACGGUACUACUGGUGUUGUCGUCCUGGCCGGCGCUCUUCUGGAGCAGGCCUCGGAGCUCAUCGACAAGGGCAUCCACCCCAUCCGGAUAGCAGACGGCUACGAUGCGGCAUGUGAGGUUGCCGUGGCUGAACUCGACACCAUCUCCGACACUAUCUCCUUCACCAAGGAGUCUAACGAGAACCUGUUCAAGGUUGCCAAGACUUCCCUCGGCAGCAAGAUCGUCUCCAAAGCUCACGACCAAUUCGCUCAAAUCGCCGUGGAUGCCGUACUCUCCGUUGCCGACCUCGAGCGAAAAGACGUCGACUUUGRGCUGAUCAAGGUGGAUGGCAAAGUUGGCGGGUCCCUCGAGGACACCCUCCUUGUCAAGGGUGUGAUUGUCGACAAGGACUUCUCUCACCCCCAGAUGCCCAACGAGGUUCGGGAUGCCAAGCUCGCCAUCCUUACCUGUGCAUUCGAGCCUCCAAAGCCAAAGACCAAGCACAAGCUCGACAUCACCUCCGUCUCUGAGUUCAAGGAGCUCCAAAAGUACGAGCAGGCCAAAUUCGCCGAGAUGAUCCAGCAGAUCAAGGACACUGGCGCAAAUGUGGUCAUCUGCCAGUGGGGAUUCGACGACGAAGCCAACCACCUCCUCCUCACCAACGAGCUGCCUGCCGUCCGUUGGGUCGGCGGUCCCGAGAUCGAACUCAUCGCCAUUGCCACCAAUGGCCGCAUCGUGCCUCGCUUCGAGGAUCUGAGUGCGGCGAAGCUCGGUCACGCUGGUGUGGUGCGCGAAAUGUCAUUCGGCACGACGCGAGAGAAAAUGUUGGUCAUUGAGGAGUGCGCCAACUCCCGMGCAGUAACAUGCUUCAUCCGUGGCAGCAACAAGAUGAUCAUCGAUGAGGCCAAGCGCUCUCUUCACGAUGCGCUCUGUGUUGUACGAAACCUGGUGAAAGACAACCGAAUCGUCUACGGAGGUGGCUCAGCAGAGAUUGCAUGUUCGCUCGCUGUUGAAAAGGCCGCACUGAAGACGAGCGGAUUGGAACAGUACAGCAUGCGUGCAUUCGCGGAUGCGCUAGAUGCCGUGCCUAUGGCACUCGCCGAGAACUCCGGUCUGAGCCCUAUCGAGACUCUAUCAGAACUGAAGGCGAGACAGGGCAAGGGCGAGGGGGUGGGUAGACUCGGCGUGGACUGCAUGCAGACCGGCAGUAAUGACAUGAAGAAGCACUUURUGAUCGACCCACUCAUCAGCAAGAGACAGCAGCUGCUGUUGGCCACGCAGCUGUGCCGGAUGGUGUUGAAAGUCAACAACGUGAUUGUCGCAGGUGGAGAGGAAGAUUAUUGA